UUCAGCAACCAGCAUUCGAGAAACUCCUCUCUACUUUAGCACGGUCUCCAGACUCAGCCGAGAGAAAGCAAACUGCAGCGCGGUGAGAGAGCGAGAGAGAGGGAGAGACUCUCCAGCCUGGGAACUAUAACUCCUCUGCGAGAGGCGGAGAACUCCUUCCCCGCAUCUUUUGGGGACUUUUCUCUCUUCGCCCACCUCCGCCCCUGCAAGGAGUUGAGGGGCCAGUUCGGCCGCCGCGCGCGUCUUCCCGUUCGGCGUGUGCUCGGCCCGGGAAGCCGGGAGGGCCCGGCGAUCGCGCCGCGGCCGCCGCGAGGGUGUGAGCGCGCGUGGGCGCCCGCCAAGCCGGGGCCAUGGUGCAGCAAACCAACAAUGCCGAGAACACGGAAGCGUUACUGGCCGGCGAGAGCUCGGACUCGGGCGCCGGCCUGGAGCUGGGCAUCGCCUCCUCCCCCACGCCCGGCUCCACCGCCUCCACGGGCGGUAAGGCCGACGACCCGAGCUGGUGCAAGACCCCGAGUGGGCACAUCAAGCGGCCCAUGAACGCCUUCAUGGUGUGGUCGCAGAUCGAGCGGCGCAAGAUCAUGGAGCAGUCGCCCGACAUGCACAACGCCGAGAUCUCCAAGCGGCUGGGCAAACGCUGGAAGCUGCUCAAAGACAGCGACAAGAUCCCUUUCAUUCGAGAGGCGGAGCGGCUGCGCCUCAAGCACAUGGCUGACUACCCCGACUACAAGUACCGGCCCAGGAAGAAGGUGAAAUCCGGCAACGCUAACUCCAGCUCCUCGGCCGCCGCCUCCUCCAAGCCAGGGGAGAAAGGAGACAAGGUCGGUGGCAGCGGCGGGGGCGGCCAUGGG